GAAAAUGGCAGAUGAACAAGUGUUUGUGACAAGCGCAGGAAUGAGGCCUAAUGUACCUCAGGUUGCCAUAGUCAUAACUGAUGGACAGCAGACCACUACUAAGGCAUAUACACCUUUAGAUCAAGCUUCCAAAGGAAUCAAAGACAAGGGAGUGGAAGUGUUCGCCUUAGGCAUCGGAUCAGGCGUUGACACUAGCCAGCUGCGUCAGAUUGCAAGCUCCAACGACAACGUGUUUACUGCUCCUGGAUUUAACGAGCUGGAGUCAGUUGUCAAGCAAAUUGUGGAAAAGACAUGUCCAACCUCAGCUAAAGAUGCUUGUGAGAUCUUACCCUGUAAGGCACCUCAUAACAUCGGUUGUAGAGUGGUUGACAGUCAAUCAGAGUGUAUUUGUCCAACCUGCCCUGCUACGUCCAGUCCAGUAUGUGCUUCUGAUGAUGUACAAGACACAAGUGAGUGCUUUACGAAGAGACAGGCGUGUCUCACUUCAACUCCAAUUAGUGUUGCCAGGAGGUCACCAUGUGUACCCGAAUGUAGAAAAGCGGCAGAUAUCGCCUUUAUAGUGGACUCCUCUGGAAGCAUUGGUAAGACGAACUGGGAACGAACAAAACGAUUCCUGAAGAGAAUGGUCAGCAAACUGGACAUAGGACCUUCCACCACCCAUGUUGCUGUGAUCACUUACAGCACUAAUCCCGAAACUGUCCUGCGCUUCAACACACUCCAAGGAGACAGACUUAACGUGGCAGAGGUCAACAAUGUUUUGGACGGAUUGCGGUGGCAAAAAGGACGGACUUACAUUGACAAGGCUUUAGACACAGCCGCUUUAGACAUAUUUACCACAAGGCGAGGCAUGAGAUCAAACGUACCGAAGAUGGCUUUUGUCAUUACGGACGGUAAACAGACCAAGACAGGCUCCUACACCCCUCUAGGAUUAGCCGCUAAGCCUCUAAGAAAUAUGGGAGUCCAGAUGGUUGCUAUUGGAGUUGGCAAGAGGAAUGUUGUGGAUGCCCGUGAACUGUUGGAGAUCGCCGGACAAGAUAACUAUGUGUACGUCAUAGAGUCCUUCGAAGAACUACAGAACCCAGGCCAAGCAAAAAUUUUCAGGCAGAGAGUUUGCCAAGCUCGAUUACGUUUAGGGCGUUAAGUCGCCGUAUUUACCGCUGAGCACCUACCCGAGACCCCUUCACUAGCACCGCGCCACAUCUACUGCUGAAAGCGAUGACUUGAAUUCCGUAGUAACGUAUUAGUAUAAGUUUGCUCACGCAAAUAUCAGUCUUAACAUACGAUAGCUAUCUAAUCAAUAAAACGUAUCCACGGAUUAAAAUGGAAAAGGCUCAACGUGAAAGGAAACAAAUUUACCGAAUGAAUUUUAGAGGCUUUAUGUGAGACUGCGUCAGAAAGAAUUUGUGUUAGAGUUAUGAACGUUGGCACAGUAGUUUAGGUAACUUAACGCUUCAUAUUAAUUUAGCGCUUUUACUUUUUCGUAGCUGCAGAUGGCUUUAAUUCUCGCGAUUGAGAAUAUUAGCGAGGGUGCGAAAAUGCUCAAAUAUCGAAAACGUAGAUCUCAAAGACUCAAAAGGAUAAAUUAAGCAACUUUUGAAACUCCAAAGUAAGGGACCCUUUCAUUAAAUUUAGAGUCUAUAAAGCGCAUUGCGAAUAUCUCAAGCAUGUCAGUAAUAGUAAGUAGCACGGCUAUUCAAUCACGGCUAUUAAAAUCCAACGAACAUUCAA